ACUCAUUCCGCCUCCCGUCAUCGCAGUCAUGUGGGCCGCCAGCCCGAACUCUGCUUUCUGUGCAUUCAUCGGCAGGUGGUGUCUCCCGGGCCCUUCAACUUAACCCCGUCCUACACUUCAGUUGCUGCCCGCGGCUUCUGUCAUUCCAUCACACAUCCUCAUACAUCCCGUCCACAUCAGUUGAAAAGCAGCGCCGAGCUAACAUCUGCCUUCAUCUGACUAAACCGCGGCGCCUCUGCAGGACAACUCCAGAUCCACUCAACUUCCUGAACUCUUGCGCACAUUUCGACUUGUGCCUUGCUUCAUUCAGUUGUCGCUGUAGCCCCUACUGCUGCUCCUCCACCACUUUGGACUUGAACGGCUUUUGAUUCUCAGCUUUGUGCGAAGCGCGAAAGACUAUAGACCGGGUGGCAUCAGGCUGACGAGAGAUCUCUUGCUUGCGUACUCUGUGGCAUUGCAAAUCCUCGCACUUGUCUUGCCGCGCCAUCUUUGUCGCGGCUUGCUUGUCUUCAUCUCGAGAGCUGAAGAAGAAGUCGACCUUCUUUCUCCUGGCUCCUAGUUCUGCGCCUGUUUUCGUUUCGAUUUCCUUUUCGUCAUCUGCGCAAGCAUUGAUCUUGCCUCGCUCGUACAAAGGCGACGCCGUCCUCAGCUGAGCAGAGCGAAAGCCAUCGCGACAGCCCGCCCAGCCUCGGAUUCAGUCUUCGUCUAAUUUCUUUGCCUUCCAUUCAUCACGAGGUCCCUUAAAGGAUAACCCCGCGCUUCUUGUCUUGAUUGCCCCGCACAAAAGGUACAAGCGUGGCGUGAACCAAUAAGGCUACUGACUGUUGCGCUCUCCAUGUUGAGGUUGUAGGCUAUUAUCGACCGAGAUGGGUAGAGAGAAGAGGACCACCGGCCAUGGCGCGGCCAGAGGAGAGCAUGCCAAAGCACGGCAUCAGAGGGACCGCAAGGGGAACAUCAUGGAUUGGACCGCGCCGCUCCCUCCUGGCCUGGUAGCAAAGCCUGACAGACCACAGUGCUCAUCCAAACACAAGUCCUGGUUUGAGUUCAUCGAGAACAAGGACAAGAAGAAGAAGCUGGAGAUCGAGUUCACCGAGAAUCGCGAGCCCCCGCCAGGUUUCGAGUUUGUCCCCAUUGGCAAUCCCACUUUGACCACGGCUUGUAAAGAGCUUUCGCGAGAGCAAGGUGCCAUGAUCUUCAUCGUCACGUCUUCCAAUGGCCAAUUUUCCAAGGAGCUUAGUCGCCAUCUGAACCGUGUUGGUAUCCAUGUUCGAGAGUCCAUUGUCGAACAGGCACGCCAACAGUUGGGACAAGACUCAAAUCUGCCUACACCUGAUACGGGCGCCGGUCAACCGGAGCCCAUCCCAGAGAAACAAGAAGACAUCAACAAGCAAGCUGACGCAGCUAUAAGGGAUCUGUUUCCGCGAAUACCGAACACUGACCGCCAAAUGAUCAUUGAACACUCGUUCAACAAGGCGCGGCUACAAGAUAAGAAGGAUCCGCCGGUCGGUCUUGCUGCUCAUGUUACGCUUUCACGUCGUGUUCAGCUUGCUGUUCUUGCUCACAUCAGACAUAACCACACGAGAUAUGACAAGCUUCUAAGGGAAACAAGCUAUGUCAAUGCUAGGAAAGCGGUUGAGGGUCUCUGUCUCGACUACCUGGUCAAGUGGCGAGGAGAUGAGGAGACGGGCCGCGACCAACUUGAUGAAAUCUUGGCCGAAGUUGUCGUCAUUUCAGAUUCGGAAAGCGAAGAUGAAGACGAGGACGAGGAUGACGAUGAUGGCGAGGAUCAAUCUUCCGAUGCCUCUUCAGUGGAAGAGGUCUCGCCAGAUAAGCAGACUGCGCCGGUCCGGUCCACCCUGCCUGCCUCAGCCCCAAAACCAUCCCCCCCAAUUGUCGAUUUAACCCAGCCCAGUCAUGCUCAACCAGGCCCAGCAAUUUCGCGAAGAGCAAACAAGAAGAGGGCCAAGAAGGAAGCUCGGAAGGAGAGACUGGCUGCAAAGAGAGCCGAAAAGAGAGCCGAACGUGGCUUCAACAGGUACCGAGCAGUCGGCCAGGCCUGGAGCCAGGCAGUCGAGCGUCAGCGCCUGGGGAAUGUUGAGCAUGUGCCCAGCCCUACCGCCACAGACGGCGUCGAUAGGUCAGUUCCUCACGUUCCUCAACCCUGGCAGCCUUCUGGGCCAGAGAAUGUCCGUCCCCCGGAUCAAGGUAUAUAUUACACAAGGGAACCGCUACAACAAGCGCGAUAUGUCUACGACAACGGCUCCCAACAAUCAGGGCCGGUCUACAGCAGCGUGCAGCGGCCUAGCUUCGUUGAAGCAGCGCCACGAGUGGCCGAUCCCAAUUUUUACAGUGAACAGGAUUGGCCUGUCCAGCGCCUGUCGCUACGAAACAGCUCCAGGCCUACAGUUGGGGCUCAAGCUGCUUCUCAUGCGAACACUGUUGUUGAACGGGUAAGACAUCACGGCGAAGACCUCAGGGACUAUCUCGUGCCGUCCGUCGAAGAAAGAUCCCCAGAUGUUGCAAAGUUCCCGUCCGAGAUUCCUAGUCAAGAGUACAGGCCACCGCGGGAGGCCCAUAACGAUAUGUCAAGUAGGCAGGUGCAUUACACACUGAACACUCGAGAAGAGUUCAUCACGCUUCCACCGCGGAGUGACGGCAUACGAACAGCCACGGUGCCUGCUGCACGCCCAGAGUCUUAUAUCGUGGUCAACUCACAACCGCGUGGUAUGACUCGAGCCUAUGCUCCAAUUGCAGGUACUGGUAACCUCCAUGACAUGCCCGUGUAUCGUGACGAUGCCCGUCUCGGUGAUUACGGGCCACCCGUCAGAGCGGAUACCCAGUCCUGGAUCAGAGACGACAAUGCUUAUCCUAGGUCGGAGGCCUGUCCGAUUGUGAUUCACGAUUCUCCCAGACCAGUGAGGCAUGAGAGCGUAGUCCCGGUGCGCUUCCCUCCAGAGGCACGCCCUCCACCACUGCCUAAAAGGGAACACGAAGACGUCGACCAUUUGGGCGCUAUUUACGUUGGGGACCGUGACACGUGGCGUUCUGACCCCAGAAACGGCCAGUAUGUCGAGGACCAACUGGGAGACUUUGCUGAGAUCGUAAGGGUGUCCAACAAGUUUCCAAAGCGUCACGGUUCCCAGCCAGUACCGGUAGAUGUAGAGUUUUACGACUCUCGGCCGACCAUUCCACGCGCGCAAGAUCAUGGGCAUGCCUAUCGUGAGGGCCAGCGGAUCUAUGACUCCCAAUCAGGACACGCAACUUAUCCGCGAAUCGAGCGCGUCGUUGGAAGGUAUGAGCAACCUGCCGAAUAUCGCUCGGAGGAGGUUGUAUCAGGGAUCAAACGGUAUGCCGAUGGAUAUCCAAGUGGCAGCGCAAAGCGGCAAGAAAGAAUUCUGGGUAUAGAGUCUGAGGGGCAUUUCCAUCCUGUCACUACAUACGUUCCUCUAGAUGACGACUACCGGUACCACGGACAACCUCAAGUCACACAUGCGCCACUGCGGACUUCCAUCUACCCGCCAGUUUCUGCUUAUCCGCCGCGCCACUAGCAGCGGAGUCGUACGAUAUAGUGGCAUCGUGGCAUACGACAGAGAUUCCGUAUUGAGUCAAACAGAUGUACUGUUGAAUUUCCUACGAAACCUUGCAUGCGGGUGUAUCAGCAUGCUCUUUCUCAUCUUUUCCAGCCACGGAUGGGUGGCAGACCUUCUCAUACAUAGCGUUAAGAUACCCUGUGAAUAUUGGAGGACUAGAGCGGAGGCAUGUUGUUCAAAGGUGCAUGAUCAGGGCGUCAUGGACAUCGUGUAUGGGUGGCAGCUUGCAUUUUUUUUUUUUUUUUGGCGUUUAAAACUGGCUUAAGUGCAUGGGACCUUCAUGUGCUGGGCGGACGUUUGAACUUGAUUGUCAAGGCGAGGCGCAUCAGAAGCGUAUCUUUUACCGGAUAAGGGUUUACCUGAUACGCAAUUACAGCGUAUUCCAUACCAAUCUGUUUAGCAUUAGAUCGAGUAAGGCCAUGGUGUAGGGUGUUGUAUUUUAUUUUAUUGCUUUAACAGUCAUGCGAAUGAGGAUGGAGCUGCCAGGCAUGCGAACAUGCUCAUUGCAGCACGUUAGCAAACUUUGAUAUGAUGCACAAUGAUAAGAACAUUCG